ACUUUCGAGGAUCGGGUUGGUUUAUUUGAUCGUCGUUUCCGAUUACCUGCGGGCCCGUCCGGCUCCAGCCAGACCUAUAGGUACUUUCAAGCACUGGGUGUUACUACCGAAGUUUAUGAGUACGAUGUGUCCGUCUUUCGGUUCAGUGUUCUGCAUCCGCUCCCUCGACUCUUGGCUAGUCUCAUUGGACACGGUUUAGAAAUGGGUUUAUCCUUCUCGGACUUGAAUCUUCUGGAUAAA